AUGAAUAACUGCCUUCGGUUAACUGGCGAAAUGGGUCCAACAGGUCCACGCGGCGCAAAGGGACCCCCUGGAGCAGAUGGACCUGCUGGUGAAAAAGGCGAAAAGGGACAGGCAGGACCGCAAGGAACCCGUGGAAAUUAUGGAAUGUCCGGAGAUGUUGGUGAACCUGGAAGGGAUGGCCUCAAAAGAAGCGAGUUAAAAGAAAUGAAACGUCAAAUUUGCCGUAUUCUGAAGGAACUGAAGAGAAACAAAUAUACUAUCGACGAUGAGUUCCGAACGACCUGUAGAGACUGA